CGGCGCGCGGACAAUACCGGGGCGGUGGCGGCGGCUCGGCCCGGCUCGGCCUCGAUCGGCUCGGCCCGGACCCGCUCGGCCCCGCCCGGCUCGGCUCGGCCCCGCCCCGCUCGGCCCCGCUCGGCUCGGCUCGGCCCCGGCUCGGCCCGGCGCGGCCCGGCCCGGCACCAUGCUGGCGCUCUUCAACAAGCUGCUGGACUGGUUCCGGGCGCUGUUCUGGAAGGAGGAGAUGGAGCUGACCCUGGUGGGGCUGCAGUACUCGGGCAAGACCACCUUCGUCAACGUGAUCGCGUCAGGACAGUUCAACGAAGACAUGAUCCCGACGGUGGGCUUUAACAUGAGGAAGAUCACCAAGGGGAAUGUUACCAUAAAGCUCUGGGACAUCGGUGGCCAGCCACGGUUUCGCAGCAUGUGGGAGCGGUACUGCCGUGGAGUGAGUGCCAUUGUGUACAUGGUGGAUGCUGCCGACCAGGAGAAGAUAGAGGCCUCCAAGAAUGAACUGCACAACCUGCUCGACAAGCCGCAGCUCCAGGGCAUCCCGGUCCUAGUCCUGGGGAACAAGCGAGACCUGCCCGGUGCCUUGGAUGAGAAGGAGCUCAUUGAGAAGAUGAACCUCUCUGCCAUCCAGGACCGAGAGAUUUGUUGCUACUCCAUCUCCUGCAAAGAAAAGGACAACAUCGACAUCACCCUACAGUGGCUUAUCCAGCACUCAAAGUCUAGGAGAAGCUGAGAUCCUGCGGACUGCAGCUCAGAUUGGGAAGAUGCCAUUGUACAAGCCCAUGCCCCUUCUCUCUCCUGCUCUGUCCCUCCAGCUCUCUCUCUAGAUGGGUAUUUUUAGGGGACCCCAGACUCCGCUUGCAUUGAGGUGGAGCCCUUGUUUUUAUUGUAAAGAAAAUGUCCUACUGCCCUCCUCUCCUCUUCUCUCCUCUCUCUGUCUCUUCCUCCCAUUUUGGCACUGUUCUGUUGUUGUCUGUGUAUACAGUAUAUAUAUAUAUGUAUAUAUAUUUUAAUUUUUUAAUUUAAGCGAUGGCGCUGUUACUAAACUGGGCCCUGUGAGCGGUAGGAAGGCUGUGGGCUCCCCGAGGCUGGCCAAGGGUCAGCGCUGGGAGGAAGAUGAGGGUGGUAGCAGAAGGCAGCCCCUUGGGGAUGGGGCUGUGCCAGGCUGCGGGCAGGUCCCCUGGGGCUCCCUUGUCCCUUCCCCAGGUGUCCUGCUUGUACCCCCAGGCAGAGAGCAUCCUGGGGGUGUCAGGAGCAUGCCCACCUUGCCCUCCCUUAGGCUUUGGCUCCAUGGGCAGGGUUUGGGGGGGAGGGGAUGCCAUCCCCUGGGCUCCUUGCCCCUCCAGGUGACAGGGAUUAGUCACGAUCCACCACGAUCCAUCCCCGCUACAUUGCCUCUGGCUGCUGUGCCACUGCCCCAACCCCUGCUCGCUGCCCUGGGCCGCUCGUCCCCCUGCCCCACAUCCCCCCCCCCGGCCCCGUGCCUGGGCCAAAUCCUGCCCUGCUGCCCAGUCCUGCUGCUCUGCUGUGCUGGGGUGGUGGGCGAUCUGAGGGGCCGGUGCCAGUGCAGGGGCAGGGCCAGCAAUGCCAGCAGACCCCACGGGGAGUGGGGGGGGGCUGGCUCCUGCCUCCUCCCUGCCCCAGCUGCCCCCGGAGGUGGCUCAGCCCCGCGUAGCCUCUUGGGGCGGCUGCACUGGCUCCCCACGUGCCAAAAGGGCAUUGCCUGCACCCGGCUGGGGGCUGCUGGCUCUGCCCCGGCCGAGGACAUCACGUGGGGACACCAGGGACGGGGGGGACACAUGAAGACACCUGGAGACAUGCAGGGGACUGUGAGGGUCCCUGUGUGCCCACAGCACUGCCCGCUGGAGCGAGGGGAGUGCUCCAGGUGCCCUGCUCCCCAUGCCUUCCUCCCCACGCCAUCCCCCAGCUCUGCUGCACUGGCUGGGGGGGACGCGGGUGCAGUGGGGCAGGGGGGGCAUGGCUGGGUCCUUGUCUGCAGGUGGGGAGAUGGUGAGAGGAAAUUUUGGGGGAGUCAGGAAGGCUGUGCCCAUUUAUGCCAUGUAAUGAGUUGUUGGGUCUCUGCAGGCACAGCCUGGGGGCCUGGCCAGGUUGCUUGGGGCCAGUCUAGUGGGGACUUAGCUGGGCUGGGGGGGACGUGCUGGCAUCGGGAGGGUGGGUGUGUAAUGGAGUCAGGUCAGCAGCACAGCAGGGAGGCAGCUGCCUGUCCCCAGCUCAGGGCUGUUGGAGAGGGUGGUGGUGGCCCAGGGGUGGGGGGCUGCAGGGCCCCUCUCCCAGCCCCUUCCCCUGCUCCGCUCCAGGGCAGUGAGGCCAGGGGUUUCUCUUCUGUUCUUGUUUUUGCAGAAUUGCACAAAGAGAGGUUUCCUUUUUCUUUUUUUUCUUUUUUUUUUAAUUUAAUGAAUUGUAAAGUGUUGUCACCCCCCCCUCCCCCCCCCCCCCUUUUUUUUUUAAGAGAUAUUUUGGCUCAGAUUUGACCUCUGUUGGGAAAUGAUUCUUGUAACUGUACAAUUUUUUUGCCUCCUAAUAAUAAUAAAUUAACAAUUUUGCGUUG